AUGUUCCCAGACAAACAAUUCGCCGGGAAGCACCUAAUUGCCCAAAUCAGGAAUAUACGUAGCCGAAAAUUGCUCGCUCCAGACGAGAUCGAAAUGAUUAAGGCCAACACAAGGGGAGACUCACCAAACAAGACAGCUGAGAGAAUAAGAAGAAGCAUCCAGCGACGAAGCACAGCUAUACUGCCAGAGAUAGAGAGCAACCAAGACCGGUGCGAGCAGCAGGUACCAGAACCCGAAGCCGAUGAGGCAAGCCUAGAAAUAAGAGAACUCUUCCAAAAAAUAAACUUACAAUGGACUGGUGUACCUAUGGAAGCUAGACCUAAAAUCCCAAAACUCAACCUAAACAGGAACGCUAAAACUACCAUUCAAGCAGUUGACAACGCGAUGCAAUCGGAAUUCAACACAACGGUCACCAACAUCAUACAACAGACGAAAACUUCAGCUCAGGAUACCCCGCAUCGGCGGAAACCACCUUGGGAGGAACGAAUCGAGAAAAAGAUAACCAAUCUGAGAAGGGAGAUUGGAAUCAUACACACAUACCUGAAGAACCCAAAACCAACGCUAGGAAGUAGACUAAGGAGGUAUCACAAACGAACACAGAGAUACAGAGAGAACAAUCUUUUUUCGAAUAACCAAAGGCAGUUCUUCAGGAGUCUGGACGAAGAAGUAAGUAACAGCAAGACAAAACUUCCAAGCCCGGCAGAUAUGCAGAAAUACUGGUCGAACAUUUGGUCACAGAAGGGAAAACAUAUAACUAACGCAACAUGGAUAGAACAGGAAAGAAAAGAACACAACGGCAUACAAGAGAUGCCCGAGAUAGUGGUGAGUGAAAAAGAUGUGGAGGAGACGGUGAGAAGAAUGAAGAACUGGGCAGCACCAGCACACACACACAAAUCGCUGGCCUCACUGAUAACAGAAGCGAUAAAGCACCCCCACACUAUACCAGAAUAUUUCACGCAUGGCACUACUAUCAUGCUCUCAAAGAAAGGCGACCUAACACAGCCCAGGAACUAUAGACCUAUAACGUGUCUACCAGCUGUUUAUAAAAUUAUCACCUCAACUAUAGGCCAUAAAAUACAGAUACACCUGAAGAAGAACAAAAUCAUGGCUUGGAAACAGAAUGGUUGCAAGGAGAGAGGGAGGGGCAGUAAGGAACUUCUGGUAAUAGACAACAUACUAACGAAGCAGGCAAGAAGAAAAUUGAAAAACAUCUCCAUGGCCUGGAUAGAUUACCAGAAGGCAUACGAUUCGAUACCACACUCCUGGAUCCUUGAAGUUCUGGAAUCUAUAGAGUUAAUAAACUGGUGA